AUGCGUUUCUCUGCCGCUUUCAUCUCGACCCUCGUGCUAUCUGGCACUGCUCUUGCUGGCCCUACCAACCAACCUAGUGCGAACGAGGCCGGACCGGAUGCCACGUCCGUUUCGCCUGUUCAGAAUAACGUUGCCAAGGCUGCAAAUGCUGCUCCUAGCACAUCCGAGACCCCGUUAGUUCACCAGGCAGCCUCAGCGGUCGAUUCCAGCAGUAACAAGAACGAUGAUGAUGCUCUCGUUGCCGAUCCGCCUUCUCCUAGCUCUGUUCUGCCAUCACAGAAGAGCGAGGAUGUCCCUCAGAACACGGCAACGAAAUCCGCCGACUCGGCCGACUCGAAGAAGGAUCCGUCGAACGUUGAAAGCAGCAUGCCGUCGUCCACACGUUCUAGCUCGCAGACCGCAGACUCAACCGAUACAGCCUCGCAUUCGUCGCAUGCAUCUGGUAGCGCUACUAGUAUUAUGACUGGCAGUACCACUGGAAAGUCUGCUACCGAUAAAACAGCCACGGCUACUCAAUCCGCCGAGCCUUCUGCUACCAGCGGCGGCUAUGCUGAUAGCGAUCAUGCGGAUGGUGACGAUGAUGGUCAUCUGCUUUCCUUCGAUGGUACUUUCCUUGAUUCAUUCAAGGACUUCGUGAGCUUCCUGGAGGGUGUUAAGGGUCUUCUGGCACCGACUCUCCUUGGAGAUAUCGAAUCAUUCUUCCACCAUGUUGCCUACCUCCUUGAUGACAAGACCACAGAUCAGACUAAGAUCCUAAUCGAGACUGCCUCUGGCCUUCUGACCAAGAGUCUGAUCAACAAACUGAAUGGUUUGCUUGACAAUGCCAGCGAGCUCUUAACUAAGGACUUUGUUCAUGAGACUAAGAGUCUUAUCACCACCGUUGGCCCGGUGCUUACACCGGAGCUGUUCAAGGAAAUCAACGGUUUGCUUGAAAACGGAAAUAACCUGUUGAGCCCCGAGUUCGUGAAGGAGACCAAGGGUCUGAUCAACACUGUGGCGCCUGUGGUGACCCCCGACCUUCUGAAGGAGGUUAACUCGUUGCUCAAAAACGGCAAUAGCCUUCUCUCCCCCAGCUUUAUCAAGGAGACUAAGGGCCUUAUUAACACUGUCGCCCCUGCUGUCACACCUGAUCUUCUGAAGGAGGUUAAUAGCCUUCUCCAGAACGGCAACACACUCCUGUCACCCGAAUUCGUCAAGGAGACUAAGGGCUUGAUCAACACAGUAGCUCCCGCUGUGACCCCUGAGCUUCUGAAGGAGGUUAACAGCCUUCUCCAGAAUGGAAAUACCUUGCUUAGCCCAGGCUUUGUCAAGGAAACCAAGGGUCUUAUCAAUACAAUUGCCCCUGUCGUCACUCCUGAACUUCUCAAGGAAGUCAAUAGCCUCCUCCAGAACGGUAAUAGCCUGCUUAGCCCUGGAUUCGUGAGGGAAACCAAGGGUCUCAUCAAUACUGUGGCUCCUGUUGUAACACCUGAGCUCCUGAAGGAGGUGAACAGCCUUCUUACCAAUGCCAAUGACCUCCUGACCCCAUCGUUCGUGAAAACGACUGGUGGGUUGAUAAAUGGAAUCUCACCCAUGAUCACUCCCGAGCUACUGCAUAACGUCUCCUAUCUUUUGGGCAACGGAACCACCCUCUUAAGCCCGAGGUUCGUGAACGAUACUCGAUCGCUGGUCACGGGUGUUGCGCCGGUCAUUACUCCCGAUCUCUUGGCCAAGGUUGGAAAUCUCCUCGGAAACGCAAAUGAACUUCUCUCGCCGAAGUUUGUUAAUGAGACGGAGACUUUGAUCGAGGACGCAUCUGAUUUGUUGCCUCUUGUCGUGAAGUUGAUUGAUUCGUUGUAA